AUGUGCAAAACUCGGGCUGUUUUCUGUCGCAACCGGGGCUGUCGCAAGAUCGUCGGCGAGUUGAUCCUGGAGCCGUGCGAGGAGGCGACAAGACCGACGGACUCAUCGACGAGGAUCACCACCCAAAUACACGACGCAUUGUCGAGCAGCGCCUGCCGAUCGGAAGAGGCCGAGACGAACGGGGAGGAGGAGUGGCUCGCGGAGGCUCGACCGUACCUCUUUGGUUGUGGAUACAAGGAAUAUACGGAACGGCACCGAUGCGGGUAUCGAGUCUGUGACGGCUGUUUCCAGCGGCAGAUGAUGGCGUAUAUCCUGGCGCUUGCGGAGAAUGGGAUAGAGAGCGAGGACGGGGAGCCGUCGCUGCUUGCUAGGAGGCAGCAUCUCAGCUUGUAUGGAGAUCUCGGGGGAGAAUGCCAAACACCACGCGAGAUGUGUGCACAAGAUCCGACAUGGUCGCCAGGCUAUCCUGCCAUGCUGAACGAUGACAUGGUUAAGGUUGAAGACCCGGAGCUCCUGGUUAAUUCGGCUCCUGGGGUUUAUCGAGCGACUCCAGGGAUGAUGGACGAUAUCUACGAUGGCCCGUUUGUCGAUGGUGGUCAAUUUCAGCCUGCCCCAGCUCAACUGCAGCAACAAGUUUUGUAUCCGGGUCAGGCUGAACCGUAUCUUUACCAAGAUCCAGGGUCGAGUUUCCAACCAACUGGCUUGGAGGAUCCUGAUCCUCAACUGCUUGAUUGGCGGCAGAGCGAGCCUCAAUUGUUAGACUUUCUCAUGCAGCCGGCCGCAGCGCCUAUUGAAGCAGCACCAACCGGGGACCCGAGUUCAUCUAUAGAAGACACGAGAGACAUCGCGAAUGCGGAUAUUCUGAAGUGGGAGGCCAAUGUUGAAGCCCAGGCAGGUGGCCAUGACCCGGCGUUUACACACUUGCUGGAGGAGGCCGUCUGUGGCGGGGAUGUGGGGAGUCAUAUGUGGAAUCAAGAUGUGGUUUGGGGCGCAAGCGGAUAUUAUUCAUGA